AUGGCAACAAUAUCUAAUAGUGGCACAACAAAACAAAAACCACGAUUAGAUCUUAAUGGAUACUCAUAUGUAAUGGACAGAUCAACAAGUGUAAAAACUUAUUGGCGUUGUAUAAAAUUUUAUUCACAUCAUUGCCGAUCUCGUCUUCAUACAUGCAUUAUUACAAACAAUAUUGUUAAAUCACCAACAGAUCAUACAUGUACAUUUGAUGGUACAACACUUGAAUGUCGUAAAUUUGAUGACCAAAUCAUUUCUCGUACACUUAAUACUCAAGAACCACCUGAUACUAUUAUUACACAUUGUUAUAAAGGACUGUCUGAUCCAGCAUUAGCUCGUUUACCAACACGUGAUAAUAUUAAACGAAGAAUUAGAAAGUUGCGGCAAGAAAAUGCUAUUAUUCAAGCACCAAAUGAUCCAAAUUUUACAACUGUUCCUGCUCAAUUAACCAAAACUAUUCGUGAAGAUCAGUUUUUACGUUGUGACACAGGACCUGGUGAUGAUAGAAUAUUAAUAUUUUCCAGCGACGAACAAAUUAAUAUUCUCCAGACAACACAAGAUUUUUUAGUAGAUGGAACGUUUAAAGUUGUUCCCGAAAUAUUCUAUCAACUUUAUAUUAUUUAUUCUAUUUAUCGUCAACAUGUAAUUCCUGUGGUUUAUGCAUUACUUCGUCGAAAAGAUGCUGAUACAUACAAACGUUUAAUUAAUGAAAUUCUUAAAUUUGCACCACAUUGGCUUCCACAAACGAUAAUGUUAGACUUCGAACAAGCCUGUGUUAAAGUUUAUCAAACAAGUUUUCCAAAUGUUGCAUUAUCAGGCUGUUAUUUUCAUCUAAGACAGAGUGUGCAUCGUAAAAUACAGGCACUCGGACAUCAAACAAAAUAUCAAGAUGAUUCCUUAUUUGCACACAAUAUUCAUAAGAUAGUAGCAUUAACAUUUUUACAAUUAAAUCAAGUGAUCAAUGGAUUUGAAGCAUUGUCAAUGGAACUAGGAGAUGAUUAUGAAUUAAUUCUUGAUUAUUUCGAAGAAACGUAUAUCGGUUGUAUUCGACGAAAUAACAUUAGAAGAAAACCAUUAUUUAGCAUUGCUUUUUGGAAUAUGUAUAACAGAACCACUCAAGCAUCUAUUCGCACCAAUAAUAGCGCUGAAGCUUAUCAUCGUCGUAUUGGUUCAGUUUUUCAAUGUGCACACCCAACGUUAUGGGUUUUUCUACAAAAAUUACUUGAUGAAGAACAUGCAGUUCAUGCUAAUAUAUUACAAAUUAAAGCUGGACAACCACAAAAACAAAACAAAAAUAUACGUUUUGAACAACGUUUAUUAAAUGUUAUAUCAAACCCACAUGCAGAUAUUUUGGCACAAAUCAAUGCAAUUGCUUACAAUAUUUCAUUGUAA